AUGCAAGCUCUUAAAAGUGUUCGUUGUUGUUUGGCUGCUAAUGAAAGCUUUCAUAAAAUCGACGUGCAAUGCCAUGAUGUGAAACGAUCAAAAGUUGCUGGAAAGGCGAUCUUUGCAUAUCGAUUUACACAAUUAGAAAACAGAAAUAAGUAUGUAAGAAGAUUGAUAGAUAGAUAUAGAUAA